AUAAUAUAGCUCGAACACCUAAAUCACAUAUUAUUAAUACUAUUCCUCAUUCACCUCCAUCUAGUAGACCAUAUCCGCAACCGGAUAAGGAGGAGGUGAUGUAUAAGCUUAUUCAGCAGUUUUUAACAGCAGGUCUCAUUACUCAAUCUAAUUCUCCGUAUGCUGCUCCAGCAAUACUUGUUAAGAAAAAAGAUCAAUCAUAUAGAUUAGUAGUUGAUUAUAAACGACUUAAUGCUAUAACCAUUAAAGAUUCUUCGUCACUUCCAAAUAUGGAAGAUACUUUAAGGAAGUUAGGAAAAGGUUUCAGCUAUUUUUCUAAACUUGAUCUUAAAUCAGGUUUCUAUCAGAUACCAAUAGACGACAACGAUAAAGAAAAGACAGCUUUCAUAACACCAUUCGGUCUUUAUCAGUUUAACGUACUCCCAAUGGGAUUACGUAAUUCUUCUCCGACUUUUCAAAAAGUCAUGACUGAUACACUGAAGUCGUGUCAUCACUUAAAACAAGUAUUUUCAGCAUUACAAUCAAAAAGCUUAGUAUUAAACCCGCCUAAAUGUGAAAUAGCUGUUAGACAAAUCGAUUAUCUCGGCCAUACUAUUACUAAAGAUUGUAUUAAGCCAAUGAGAGCAAAAAUAGACGCUAUUUUAAAUAUAGAAGAACCGCACACCUUAGCUCAAGCUAAUCGCUUUUUAGGAUCUUUAGGAUGGUAUCGGAAAUUUUUACCGAAAUUUGCCGACAUAGCUGCCCCAAUACAUGCUGUUACUAAUCUAACAAAAUCUAAUCGACGAAAAUUUAAAUGGGAAAAUCCUCAGUCAGAAGCUUUUCGACAGCUUAAGCAGAUGCUUAUUACUGAGCCUUUAUUUUUACACUAUCCUGUAGAUCAUUUACCUUUGAUUCUAACUACAGAUGCUAGUGAUAUAGGUAUUGGUGGCGUUUUACAGCAAGAAGUAAACGGCAAUAUUCAUAAUCUUUAUUAUCAUUCUCAACUUAUGACAACGUGUGAGAAGAAAUAUAGUACUAUAGAAAAAGAAGCACUAGCUAUUUAUAAGUGUUUAGAACGUAUGAGAUCUUUUGUUCUAGGACGUAGUAUAAUUAUCAUGACUGAUCAUUGUCCGUUAUGCUACAUUAUGCAAAAGUCUAUAAAAAAUACUAGAGUCAAUAGAAUAACACAUUUAAUUCAAGAAUACAAUAUUGAUAAGAUAGUACACAUUCAAGGUCGUUAUAAUUGUCUACCGGACUAUCUUUCUCCUUAUUCUAAAGAACAAGACAAUGCGUUAUUUGAUAUUGACUAUGGACUAGCUAGUAAAAAUAAAUCAAAAAAUUUUAGUCAGCGAAAACUUGUAGCAGCUAUGACUCUACGACCACGUAAAAAACAACCUAUAGCUACAAACGAUCAUCAAUCCAUUCAGAAUCAUAACAUCAUUUCUCAACAGUUCGAUACAUUAUCUCAGUCCGAAGAUAUAAAAAAGAACAAAUCAUCUUCUAAUCUUUCACGUAACUAUUUCGAUAUAGCGAAGUUAAAAAUUGAACAACAACGAGAUCCUCAAAUACAAAAGAUAGUUCAAAAUUUUAGUUUACAAUCUACUAAGAAUUCCUUUCUAUUCAAAGAGGAUAUAGUUUAUAAACUUAUUUCAUUAAAUAAAUAUUCUCAUAAAAAGAUUAAAGUUAUAUAUUUACCUACUUCUAUGAUAGAGUCAUUGUUGCGAGCAUCGCAUGAUGAUCCAAUGUCAGGUUCACAUUUCGCUACAGAUCGAAUGUAUUAUAAAAUUCGUACUCAUUUUUGGUGGCCAAAAAUGAAAACCACCAUUCAACGUUAUGUAAAGUCUUGUAGUUUAUGUACACAAUUUAAUUUAAGUCGUACUAAGAAAUAUGGUCAUUUACGUUCUAUUCCACCGCCAGAAGGACCAUUAGCAUUAAUAGGUAUUGAUUUCUGUGGACCUUUACCUAGAACUCCACGUGAGAACCAAUAUGUACUUGUUAUUACAGAUUAUUUUACGAGACAUAUAACUGCAAUAGCUCUUUCUAAUUGUACAGCCGAAACUACAGCACGCGCCUUAUUUGAUGAUUUUUUCUGUAAGUUUGGUAUACCUUCAAUUAUUCUUAGUGAUCGAGGAACACAUUUUCAAAAUAAACUGAUGGAAAAUUUACAAAAACUCAUAGGCUAUAACCAUAUUUAUAGCACUGCUUAUCAUCCUCAGACAAACGGAGUUGUAGAACGCUUUAAUGCGACGUUUGUAGCUCAGAUUUCGAAGUUACAGAGUACUCAACAUAA